AUGAUGUCAUCGUCGUUGAACCGCGCCGCCAUUUUCGUUCACGAGGAUCGCUUGCGCGACGACGGCGUGGGCGGGGCCGAGCGGGCACGUUUGGCCGAAAGCCUCGCAUUGGAGUUCAGAGUCCGCACGGCGGCGGUGGAAGCUGCGUGCGAAACGCAGCUGGCCAAGCAGCGGGCUGCGCACAAGCUGGAGAUGGCCCAACAGCGUGUGCUGUUGCUCGAGGGCAUGGUCCCGCUGGCCGCGCACGACGAAGUGGUGUCGACGAUCGCGGGCGACUUCUCCCGCCGGCAGGAGGAGCUGCGUGCCGAGGUGGAGCAGCGGGACAAGGCUCUGAAUGGAGCCUCCAGGAAUGUCCGAGCCAUGUCAGACAGCCUUGCGGUGCUCAAGCGGGACGUGAUAUCUCUCCGUACAGCCCUAAACAGGUAUUAG